UUCCAUUUUUAUUUCUCUCUUAUCACCCCUCUAGUUUUUGGUCUAUCAACAUACAUACUCUCUCUUUCUCCCUCUUACAAUGAAACUAUUAAAAGCAAUUCGUUGUCUUAGCAACGCCGAUAUCUAAGAAUCCUUUAUCAUUAGUCGAUGGAAUCGACCUUUAUUGAGCUAUCUGUUCAGUUUGAUGUGUGAUGACUAAUCAAACACAUUACAUAUCGAAAUCCAUGUAUUUUUGAGCACUUCUUUACCAAUUAAAUACAUAUAUACAUAUAUAUGCAUAUAUAUAUAUAUAGGUCGCGUGUGUGUCAAAGCUUUUUACAUUCUGCAUUACGAUCGGCAUCAUUUUUUAUUUCACUCUUAUAUGUGUAUAUAUUAAUGAGACUUACAUUAAAAAAAAAUCAGACUAUUUUGAGAUUUACAAAAAACUAUAUUUCUACCGUACGGUUUAAUAUUCGUUAAGUUUUGUACACCUUUGUGAAAACAGCUGAGCCAACAAUAAUUCCUGUUUAACCAAAGUCAACUUAUAUACACAAUUUCACCUUAACUUCAUUUUUUGUUUAAAUGAUUGUAUCAAUAAGUGAGAUAAUUCAUCGAUAACGAGAGACCGUUUUAUUUGUUGUCUUGUAACCAAGGAAAGCUAACAUUUCUAAGAUUUACUAGAUAUUUUAUGUCAUACAAAAAUUUGGUGUGCGAAUGAAAGAAUAAAUUAAAACAUAUGGGAAUGAGUGAGAGUAAUAAUAAUAAAAAUAAUAAAAAUGUCAAAGUCAGUAUCAUCAGUUUGUCAAAGAAAGUCAUCUAGAUGUUUAAAAAUACCAUUAAAAUCAACUGAACAAAUUUAUUUGGUUUUCUUGAUACCGACGUUGGUGAAUUGUAUAGUUUAUAUCAUUCACUUCUCUGCUGAUCUAGUCGUCGCUACCCAACAUUUUAGAGAGCACAAUCCAGUAUGGGGAUCUUGUACGCUUUCUCUCAUGUAUGCUCCUGCUAUAGUAUAUUUUAUACUAACUAUUUCGAGACCAGAUUGGUGGAUGACUGACAAUGAUAAAUUAACAAAAGGAAUUUUAAUUUGGUUAUUUGUUCAAAUAUGUCAGCUCAUUGGAUUUCCAUUCUUUGCGCUUUACAGAUAUGCUGGACUUAUUGUCAUGGCUGUGGACGCUAUCAUCUUGACAGGAGAAAAAAGAUCUAAAACGUUAAACAUUUCCACUGCACCUGCAGCCAUCGAGUUAUAUUUCUUUUUACAAGCCUGGUUUCAAGCUGCACCACAAGCUAUAUUUCAGACUCAUUUACUUUUCCGAGAAUAUACAGUUCAGCGUAGUUUUCAAUCGAUUUCCAUACAUGUAUUGUGUAUUCUUAUGUCUGUCGUGAUACUCGCAAUUGAGACAACUUCUUUUCAAAGAUUUGAAAGUCAACGGGUCAAUGGCAGAAAACUUCCAUGGGCAAUGUGGUUAAAAAAAUAUUGUAUCAAGGAACUUCAAUAUCUUGAAGAAAAAACACCAUUACAAUUAUCUAACGUAACAGAGGAUAAUAACACGGCUGCUAUUAAUCUUAAGGAAGAAUCAAAUCAACCAGAUGAAAAUGUAAACAAAUCUACAGAACAAAAAGCAGAAACGGAAGCAAAAGAAGAAGCAGCAGUUACUUUAGAUCGACAGAUAUCUGUAACUCCACCACUACCACCGAAAAAUGCUCAUGUGAUACCACCUCCUACACCUUUGAGAGGAAUUACUACAGUUGUACCAUUACCUGUACCGGAUGUACCAGCACCUCCUCGCCCAGAUUCAAUUGUAAAAACUUCGGAGAAUCAGGAUGUAGAAAAUUCAAAGUCAAUUUCUAUUAUUGAACCAAAUCAGAAGUUAACAAAUAGUAAUCAAAGUUUAAAAGUUCCUAAAAGGAAACAUUCUUCCAAAGGAUUAGACGAAGACGACCCAGUUGGAAAAUUCCUUUCAUUUCUUUGGUGGUUCUUUUUUAUCUUAGCACGGAUUCUUACCAUAAGCAUAUUUUAUGAGUUUUAUCCAUAUUAUUUAUUAGGUACGCUUAGUAUCCAUUACAUUAUCAUGUUGGUAUACCUUUUUUAUUAUGCAUCGUAUUACGACGUAAUCACAUUUUUUAUUAAUCUUUGGCUCGGUUUAGUUUAUAUCAUCAGUAUGAUAGAAUACAAGAUUAAAUUUAAAUAUGCUGACAAAUGGUUAUUGCCGUAUUAUAUUUUCAUUAUUAUUCAAAAUACUGUAUUUACAUUAACAUGGUAUUUGUAUGCUGAAUUCAACGGAUUUUGGUAUAAUUAUGCAGUAUGUACAAUUUUCAUCAGUAUGGCACUUUGUAUUUCGUCAACUAUAGUCUAUCAUGUUCUAUUUAAACCAAAGAAACGAAGAAUAUACAGUAGUUGACAAUCAAUAAAAAAAGUAUUAUACAAGCUAAUAGUUUUGGUAAAGAAAAACUAAAUACUAAAUAAACAUUAAAGUUCUUAUGCUUAUUAAUAUUGCAACGGAGCCAUUGUGAAAAGAUUUCACAAUCUGUAUGACUGAAUGAAAAAAUAUUUCUUUAAAUCUUAAAUCAUAGCUAAUAUAAAGAGAUAGGUCAUAAUCGAUAAUAAUGACUGUUCUAUAAUUAUAAUUGUUAGAAAAGUAUUUUAGGGGCAUAAAAUAGAAUAGUUUAAACGAAUAUAAUAA